UCGAAUUGUGCAGUUCGUGUGGCGCGGCUGAUAGCGGACGACAAAAUAAAUAUUUGAUGUUCCGGCGCGGCGCUUUUUCCUACUUUUCGGAGUGAAUUUCGCUUUGGCAAAACUGAAGUGCAUUGAAAUUGAAUGAAAACAGUAGCUAAAACGCUGACUAGCAGAAAGUGGCAACAGCGAAUUGUUGUUGCCGCUGCGAAGGUAUUCGAGAAAUCGAUAAGAAAAACAAGUGCAAAAGAAAAAGCAUCGUGAAAAAGGGCGAAACAAAAGUAAAUAAAAAAUAAAAUAAAAAAAACGAAAUUGCGAAGGGAGGCAAAGGAAAGGAAAGCGGCCUAGUGCAAUGUGCGCAAAGUGGGCCGCGCGCUGAAUGGUGGGAGCGCAGAGAGUGUGCAACGUGCGAGCGGUUCGUGAAUUGUUGUUAAAAAUCAAUAGAAAUGUUAGUAUAUAAAAUUUGGUUUUUUCAUGGUAAAAAUUUGCCGGUUACGUGUUUACGAAAGCGAACAGUUUUUUCGCUGGAUGAAAGAAGUGUUUUGAUAAAAAAAAUUCUGUGUUUUCUAUGAAAUCUAUUAAAGUGAAAUUUGGUUGCUUUUGCAGUGCACAAAUAACUUAAUGUCAGCAACCAUUUUUCGUACUAUGCUUACCUCUAUACGGGCGGGUGUGUGCGUGCGUGCGUGUAUUUGAAAAUUUUCAAAUGGGAAAAAUUUCACUUUGCAUUCGGCGCUCAAGUGUGAAUAUACAUAUAUGUAUGUAUGUAUGUAUAUGGAGAUACGCUCGUACAAAUGUCAAUACGUCUGUGUGAGUGUUUGUAAAUUUGAACAGUUCCAUAUGUGAAUGAGCAGCUAGAGCGGUCAAGUGAAGAGCAAACGGUAAAUUAGUGAGGGCAUUCAUAGGCAAACACUUGAGGCACACACACGCACACUCAUGUAUUUGUGCGUAUAUAUAUUUGAUAAGGCGCCUCGUUCGUACGCUUGACUAUCAAGAACAACAAAUAUAAAAGUCGUCGUCGUCGUCGUCAUUGUCGUCACGCAUACGCGGCCACGCAUUUGUAACGCGACACAGCAAGACGCCGCGCCGCGCUGUGACAUUUGUUAUUUAUUUCGUAUCUAGCCCGGCUCGUUUCGGUUGCGGUGCGUUCGCAUUGGAAUUUCGACAAAAAUAUCGCCAACAUAAACAAAAACAACUAAGUAUGUACAUAUGUACAUGCAUGCAUGCAAUGUAGACAAAAUAAUGUUCAAAUGUGUGACGGCGAAUUCGGCGGCGAAAACAUUGGGUGCAAAGUGGGCGAGAAGAGCGAAUUGAACGCCAAAUAGUGGUAGGGGCAGUGGCAGUGGCAGCGGCACCGACGACGACGAGGCGAGCGGCGUAGAAAGUUCGCGUUCGGCGGCACACGAACUUUGCUGCUUUUCUUCGUGCCGCGGCUGCUUUUCGGCUUAAAUGUGUAUCUACUGCAAAUUCAGAAAAAAAAACGAAUAGAUACAAAGCUGACAACAGAUACACAGUGGAUGCGCAGUACUGAACUGGCGCUAGCUGUGAGCAUACAUAAAUAAAUAACGAAAGAGGCUACUAAAAAAUAGACAUUUACUAAAUGCAAAUGCGUGUGUGUUUUAAGAGUUGUAAACAAGCUUAGAAAGCAAAAAAGUAAAAAAUUUAUAAAAAAAUAAACUAAAAGAGAAAUAGUCAAAAUGAAGCUGCAAUCACCAACAAAAACGCUAAAAGUGCGCGAAUUUAACGAAUUACUGAGCUGCUCUCUAUGUGAAGGCUAUUUGAUAAAUCCUACAACGGUGGACAAUUGUUUGCAUACAUAUUGCCGCAGCUGUAUUGUUCAACAUUUACUCGGCGAAGCAUGCUGUCCGCAAUGUAAGCUUGCUGGAGGUGUCAAACAAAUCAAUGUGACCAAUUUGAAAUCGGAUGAUGUGCUGCGCGCAUUAAUCUUCAAAUUGGUACCUGGUUUGUAUCAAAAGGAACGCGAACGUGCAUUACAUUUCAGAGCCACACAGCACAAUGGGCAACAGAAAACGGACGACGACGAAGCGGUUAGCAUCGAUAGCUGUGAGCAGGACACAAUUGAAGAGAAUUUCUUUGCGCCAGCUGAACCAAUUAGUUUGUCAUUGGAAUAUCAUCCGGCGUUGCUUGAAGGCUGUAGCACGAGUCAAAUUCCACCAGUUCGCUACCUACAAUGUCCAGCUGGUGUGAAGAUAUUUAGAGUAUGCAUUUAUGUUUGUUCGCACGGCAUAAUCCAGCCAGCAAAGUCUCAAUGCGCCAUACCUGAGGACGAGGGUUUAGUACUCAACUGCCAACCCAGCCCGAAAUUGUACUCAAACUAA